UGCCAAUUGUGACAAGGCUGCCAAUUGUUGGGCUUCCGUCCAGUGCCUGGGUCACUCGCUGUGGCCCACUCACCUGGAUCACUCGUGCCCUACUCGCCCUCCUCACCUGGGUUGCUCUCUGUGACCCACUUCCCUGAGUCCCUCGUUGUGACCCACUCGGCUGGGUCGCUCGCUUUGCCCUGGACCUGCUUGUCAUGUCUGGGCUGCACCUCUGGGCCCCAUGGCCCCUGUGUAUGUGGCAGCUGUUGUGGCUGCUGGUCCAGGCAGCUCAGCCUUCAGAGUUGACCCUGGACCCUGUCCUGCUGACCUCCAUCCCCUCGGGCCCAACCGAGCCCUGGCCUUUGGAUCAGCAAACCCCCCCACCUGAGACUUCAAAUGUCUUAAAAGAAGUUCAAUCUCUGUUACUCCGACAAGAAGACUGGGCUCUGCCUACAGAGGCCCCUGAGAAAGUGAGACACCCUCCAGCCCUUCGGGAGGCCCCAGCUCAGCAAGCCGAAGCCUCUUCAACCCAGCCGGAGACUUCAGCUCAGUUCCCACCCCAACAAGGGGCCUCAGCUCGGCCUACAGUGUCCUCUGAGCCACUGAAACCUUGGUCAGUCCACCAAGGGAUUCCAGAUCAGCAUCCCAUCCCGGCUGAAAAUGUCGAAUCUUCGACCCAGUGGAAGAGCUCACUUCUGCCUCAAGUGCCUCUUGCCGGUGUAGACCCUUCUUCAGUCCAUCAGAAGGGUGGAGCUCAGCCUCCAAAAUCCUCUGUAGAUGUUGCAACUCCACCUUCGGUCCAUCAUGAGGUGGCCGUCUCACCUGUAGGUUCGGGUGAAGCUCAGCGUCCCGCGCUGUCCCGUAUGAACGUUAAAGAUGUGGGCCUGGGGGUGUUGGUAGCUCCCGAGUCCACUAAGGAGAUUGACCUGUUUGUAACUGGGCAGGAGGUCUCAGAUCACCCUCCAAAGUCCGCAGAGGAAGUCAAAGCUCCAACCCAGCAGGGGACCCCUCCAAGGCCCCCUGAGGAGACAGACUCACCUCCAUUGCAGCCGGAGGCCGCAGCCCAGCCUACUUUGGAGGCUACAGCCCUGCAGCAGACGACAGCUCCUCCGAAGCACCCUGAGGUGCCGCUUCCACAUCCAGUGACUGUUCCGGCACUGCAGCCAGCCUUGACUGAAAGCACUGUUCUGCCUCUGGACCUGGAAGUUCGAAUAACUCAGCAGCCAGAGUCUUCUGAGACAGUUCCUCCACAGACUGAACCGAGUGCCACCACGAACAUAUGUGAGCUCUGUGCCUGCAGCAAUGGGACGCUGUCCUGUAUCGGUCUCGGCCCAACGGAGAGGCUCCGCAGAGUGCCUGUGCCAGAGCCCAACAGCUACAAGGGCACCUUCUCUGUCUUAAACUUGCAAGGAAACUUAAUUUCUUACAUCAAUAAAGAUACAUGGAAGCCAUACCAUUUUGUUGCAAAACUAAAUCUCAGUGGAAAUAAUUUGAGAGAAUUACAUAAGGAUUCAUUUGAAGGCCUGAUGUUCCUCCAGAGUUUAGAUUUAUCCUGCAAUAAAAUACAAUUUAUUGAAAGGAAUACAUUUGCAUCACUACCUUUUUUGCGAUAUAUAAAUCUUGGUUGCAAUUUAAUCACAAAAGUGAGCUUUGGAACGUUUCGGGCCUGGCAUGGAAUGAAGUUUUUACACAAGUUAAUUCUCGAUCGUAAUCCUCUGACAGCUGUCCACGAUCCAUAUCUUUUUAAAUUGCCAGCAUUAAAAUAUUUAGACAUGGGGAGGACGCAAGUGUCACUUACAACAGUUGUGAGCAUCCUCAUGAUGGCCCCUCAGUUGGAAAAAUUGAUCUUACCUAGCCAUUUGACCUGCUGCCUCUGCCAAUUUAGAAAUAAUAUUGAGACGGUUGCCAAGACAGUCAAACUGCAUUGUGACACUGAAUGUCUGAAAAACAUACCUUGUGAUGAAGGACUACUUAUAGAAGGACCGUUCAUGAAAGUACUGCCAGGCCGGAAGGACACCCGCACUGAGCUGACUAUUGAGCCAGAGUGGGCAUCCUCAGACAGAAACGGAGAGAGUUCACCAUCCCUAAUGCGCCCCCCGAAGACGCUGCUCAGUAAACAGCAAGAAGAAACUGUCUCCAAGGCAGAGCGGGAUGCGGAUCAAUGGAAAAAGCAGUGGCUGGAAGCUCAGGGUGAACAGGAAGAGGAGGAGCCCCAUGAGCUCACAAAAGAAGUGCCAGGAUAUGGCUAUAACAAGAAUCUCAUCGUGGCAAUAAUUGUGACUAUAGUAACAAUAAUUUUUAUUGUAAUUUUCUGUCUCAUUGUGAUUUAUUGUCAUAGAACACCAUCAGAGGAAAGUAAAGAAGGAAGCUCAAGGGACUUUUUUCCAUUUUUCCAGCAUAUGAGACGGUCACCGGAACACAAGAUGGAGGAAGGUGGUUUCUGGAAGAGGCAGCCGCUCUGGCUGAGAGAUCUAUACAGACCUCUCAGUGCCACACACGUAGAGAGCAUGGCACAGGAGCUACACGAUAAGGAUUCGGCGACUGAGGAUGAGCUGUUCUACAAAAUGUUGCGUGGAGAGUUCUCAGUGUUGAAGGUUGCUGCUACAGACCCUGCGGCCCAGAGCCCAGCGAAUGAGCACGUGACCCUGCCACCCAGCGAAGCCCCUCCUCAGGCUCCCUGAAAAUGUUCUUGACCUACGUGUACAAUAAAUGUUGUUCUUUUUUUUCGUU